GCAGGCCCACUGCGGAUGGAACCCGCGUCCACUUGCGUAUGAAGCGGACACCUUGACCCCUAUGCCAUGCCUCCGCUUAGAAAAUUCGUUGUGACCACUCGUUUUAUGCGAGAAAAGCGGAGUGCGUAUAGCCAUUUCCGUCCGAAGUGCAUUCCGGAGUGCGUAUACCUUUAUGCAUAGCUGAUCCAACCUGCAUUCUGUUUUGCCAUUGCCGAAAUUAUCCCGAAUUUGGUGUCCCCAAACUUGGAAGGCCUGGUCAAGGAGGAGUUGCUCAGUGAACUACUAGUUUGAGUUCCCUGAGACGGACACCACUGACAUCACCUACAGUGCCGAGGUACAGGCUUAAUGGCAGAUAUCAAUAGGAGAUGAUGGUACGCGUCACGUCUGUUUGGUUGGACAGCCACCAACUUGACUUGGAUGUCAGCGCCUGUUGUCAUCAGAACCUGGUUCUUGUGCUGCCACAUCAUUUUUGGUGGUGGCGCUGUCGUCACCUCCCAGCGUUUGCGCUCCCCGACUUCCCAUUCAAGAUGGUGCUGCCACGGUCUUUGGCUCGUGGGGGUGCCGUCGCUACUGACAAAGCCUGUGCUCCCCGUCGUCCCUGUUGAAAUGGUGGCUGGAACUUGGAGAGGGUUUGCCGCCACAGCCGGAUCCAGUGUUACAUUCCUGUGGCUUUUUGGUUGUUUCCCAAUUAUUAAAGGGAGUUGCAGGCUUAUCAUGAGCGACACAGUGCUUUACUCGCACCUUCACGGAGUACAGCAAUGUGGGGAAGCAAGUCGAGGACAGCCUCUCUCAAUUUCUGUCCCGGGGGCGCUAUGCUCUUCCAGGACCGGUUUCCGUGAACAUAACAGCCGAGAAAACAUGUGAGCAAGGUUCUUCUGUGCAUAUUUUUGAAUGUGCUGCAAGAAUAUUUCUGGUUAUAUGCCCACUUAAUUUAUAAUGUUUUUCUUCUUUCAGCUGACACCUUACAGACAUGUCAGGAAGCAAGGAAAGGUUAUUUUUUCACUCAUCGUUUACACUUGGGUGAUUAACUUAGUCUUGAAAAAAACACGUCAUUUUAAUGACAUUGUGAUAAAUAAAUUUUGGGUCUUUAAAUUGU